AUGGCGACCCCCGACGCCUCCUCCGUCGUCUCCGACGCCCUCAACGAAUUCUUCGGCGAACUCUACACCUUCUUCGAAACAUUGUUCAAGCGCUUCUUCAAGAAUCUCUACACCUCCUUCGUCGACGUCAGCGCCAGCCGCUGGACCAAAGUUGUCUGUUCCGUCGUCGGCUACAUCCUCAUCCGACCCUACAUCGAAGCCUGGUUCGCCAAAAUGCACGAGAAGGACCGCAAGAAGCAGCUGGAGAAGGAGCGCGCCGCCCGCGAGGGCAAGGGGGAGAAGAAGGCAAAGGUGUCCGCUAAUGCGCUCCGCGGCGGCGGCGGCGGCGGCGGCAAGGUGUUGGGGGAGGUUGAGAACACGGAUGAUGAGAUUGAGGAGGGCGAGGACUUUGCUACUGCCAGCGGAGUGCCAGAGUGGGGGAAGAAUGCGCGCAAGAGGCAGAAGAAGUAUAUGAGAGAAUUGCAGCGGGAGGCGGAGCAGCGCAGCUCGCAGAACUUGACGGAGGAUCAGGUUAUGGAGUUGCUGGAUUGGAGUGAUUCGGAAGACGAGCAGACCAAGGAAGAGAAGAAGGAUGAGUGA